GCUGCUCUGGGCUUCUUCCGGCGCUGCCCUUGGCUCUUCCUCGAUCUGCCUCGGCCAUCCUGGCGCUUGGGCAUUCGAUCCAACUACUCCAUUGGACUGCUCUGUUCAAACGCAGCCAUGCCGUGCAUCUUAAAAGUCCGAAUCGUCUCGGCACGCAAUCUCCCAGUCAUGGACCGGGCGACCGAGCUGACAGAUGCAUUCGUGGAGAUCAAGUUUUCAGAUCUUGAGGUCCAGAAGACCAGCAUCUGCCGACGAACCCUCAACCCGGUGUGGGAGAAGGAUUUUCGAUUUGAAAUCAGCGACGAUGCCGAUCUUCAGAACGAGCCGCUCGAAAUCAAGGUGAUGGAUUACGAUCAAAUCACUUACAACGACGCCAUUGGAACCGUGUUUAUCGACCUGAAUCCACUGCUGAGCUGGGACUCCAACUCCUGCAUUUCGGGCUGGUUUCCGAUAUUCGAUACUCUCAGAGGCGUCCGUGGCGAACUGAAUGCGCAAAUCAAGCUGCAGUUCUUUGGAGACAUCAAUCCCUUCAAAGACAGCUCGGCAGGCGUGCAAUUCUUCUCGAUUCCGUCGAUUCCGUCGCCGUACCAGCUUGUCUCGGUCUGUGGCCUGGUCAGCGCAGUCAUCACCCAAAACGACCCUGAAUAUGACUGGAACGACAGCUUCCGGACGCCCCGAACGUCGAACGAAGCCCGAGCGCGCCUCCUGUUCCAACUCAGCGGUCAGUUGCGACGCCAGCUCGGCAAAAAAGUCCUUGAAAUGAACGGCAACACUGUCCUUGGCUUCAAGCAGUACUUUGAUUUGGAAACCAAGGAGAAAACCAUCACGGCACGGGCAAUAGGCACCGCUGUGCGACUGGUUACGCCAGAGCGAUUCCUGGUCGAGCGGCGCUCGUCGCUGGCCUCUGUGCGAUCGGCUGCAUCCGAUCCAACAAAGUCCUUGGAUCUUGUACAGAAUAGCGGCAGCGCCGUCUAUACCGCCGGGGGGCGAAUGCAUCCACUUGAUUUGGCCAAGGCCCGAGACGAAGCCCUCCCGACUUUGCCCUCGGAUCGAGACAUGACAGCCAAUCCGACCCCCGUGGUGCCCCAGCUUCCGCAGGUCUACCGCGACCCACAGAUUCUCACCCUACACGAGUUCCCGCCCGGAUGCAUCUUGGGUAUGGGUGGCCUAGUCAGCGCCACCUCGGUGAAGAUCAUCGAAAACAACGAAAAGGAAGUGCGCGAGUCGUGGUGGACCGAGCUUCGGGAAGAAAUCAAGAGCCACGCCCGGACCUUGGGCUGCGCCUUUGUUGUUGGAUACUCCGAACAUGUGAGCAUCACCGAUGAGGUUGCCGUCCUGCACUGCAGCGGAACGGCCAUCGUCCUUGACACAGCCAUGCUCAACGACCGAUUCAGCCACUCCGUGUCGCAGAUAGAGCGGCCGUCGAUUAUUGCCGACCGAGCGGUGCUGGAGAGCAGCAUCUACAUCAAAGGCGGCAAGAACACCGGGUCGUCCGACUUGUACUCAAGCCCCAGCAUCACCGAAACUCCAAAAGUCUCGCUCUUGGGAAGCUCCUUUAAAGAGGCUGCCCAGGUUGAGCUGUUUCUCCGAAAGAAGCACAGACAUCGAUCUCCAAAAUGCCAGAGCGCACACAUAUCGUAUCGAUGCCAAGACUCGCCCUUCCCCAUGGCGUUCACAAAGUGCGCGAGUUGCAAGAAGAGGUUUGUUCCAGAAGUCCUCUUGACGACAGUCGAGCCGCUGAUGGAACUCGAGACUAUCGGAAAGGGGAUGUUGAUCGAAGCGCACGUCCUGCGGCAGAAAAAAAGCCGAGUGGGCGACUCCCGGGCGAGCAUCAUCAGCGAGUCGCUUCCGUUUGCCCAGUAUGACAUCCAUCGGCAGCUGAUGUACAAGUUGAGGAUCUACGGGCUGAAUGCCAUCUUUGGCCUCAAGAUCGAGUUCACCGUUGGAGAAUCGCUCAUGACGGCCACGGCCAGGGGAACAGCGGUCUUUGUCAAGGCGCUCCCAAGUCCCCCUGUGAUGAAGGUGUUCCGCAACCUCGACGUCGUCGACGCUGAAGACGAACGACUGCUGGAGAUACAGCGUCAAAUCAUGCUCAAGAGCGAGUAUAACCGCAAGCAGAUUGAGGCGGUGCUGAACGCCGAGUCCGCCGAGCCCGCCCAUGAACGCGCUGCAAGCACCAGCACCCUCCCUGAGUAUCUGGCCGAAGCUCAGAAACCCAAGAGCGAGAUGCAGCCGGGCACCCCUGCCGCCGGCCCAACAGGACUCCGACGCGCCCAGAGCACCAACCAUAGCGACUCAGACUCGGAUAGCUCCCUGGAGUCGGACGAGGACAACCCAGAGGAGGCCACGGCGCGUCAGCGAACCUCGACGGUCAUCCAGAUUGACGACGAACACGACGAGGACCUGGUACUACUCCUGGAUGCGCAGUUUCCGGAGACGUUCUCGCUCAACAAUGUGCGGUCGUUGGUCGGGUGCGAGAGCAAUGGCGGCCCAGGCCAGUCCGCAUGCCACACCCAAAUGAUCACCAUGGUCAAGCAGUCCCUUAUCGAUCGGUCGUCACAUCACCCGAAUCGGCAAUUUGCCAACAUCUUCAAGAACAUGUACAAGGAGCUGCAGCUGCAGCUGUCGUACUUUUCUACCUGCGUAGUCUCGGGAAUCACCUACGACGUGCAGCUUCCAAAGGAGAACGAGGUGCAAGUAUGCCUCAACGCCAUAGCGAUGGGAUACCUGCCGUGUGCGGACCAAACCGACGACAACAUGUCGUCCUCCGAAGGCUUUGAUGUGGACGAGGGAAUCCGCCCGAUGCCCGCACCAGCGCGCGAAAACACAAAGACAUCGUUCGCAUCCCGCCGCUCAUCCACGGAUUCGGUGGACGAGGCAAUGGUCUUUGACAUCGAGGAGGUGGACUCUGAGAUCCAUGGCUCGAUCGAGGCCGAGAGCAACCUUGUGGGCCUGAACAAUCGCCCAUCACUCCCAAACGUGCGCUCAGACUCGAGCACAACCGCGCCUGCGAUUCCCCUUCCGACCAGCGCCAUCGACCCGUCGCUGUUCAUCGAGAUCACGCCGCUUCCAUCGCUCCCGAACGCCAAGGUCGAGCGCUUCCUCGGCCGCAUCUCCAUGCACUUUAUCAAAGAGGCCACCAUGAUCUACGAGUCCGGGGUCGGCAGCAGCGGCAUGGGCGGUUUCACCCACAUUUUCCUGGCAGAGCUGUACUCUAUAGCAAGAGCCCACACAGCCGCCCUUGGUGGGAACGCCCUUGUCGCCUUCACGAUCGACCAGUGCCUCUUCUCCGAAAGCAUCAAAAAUCAGGGAUAUGCUCUCAUCUCGAUCAGCGGCGAUGUCGUUGAGAGCCACAAUCUCCAAGGCUGCACGCAAGCCCCGCAGAUGCCCUUCACAAGCCGCAUCUUGCCGAACCACCGCCACGAUCACGCUCUGAACGAAGGCUUGACCAAGCUGAGUCUGGCCAAGAACAGGAUUGCCUCGAUUUUGCGGCAGUGAGUGCGAGAUGGCGAACGUCAUCCGUUCCUG